GGGAGUGAGCGGUCAUCGCCUUUGAGUAGUUGGUAAUAGUUUGACCUUGAGUGGAGUGGGAAUUGGUGAGAAUAGGUUGGUGGUGUUGGUGGUUGUUUAUAUGCGGUCCGAUGCGUGUGUGAAUCUUGUUCAUUCUGCCAAUUUAUAGUGAUCUGAUACUGAUUAGGGAACGUGGAAUUUAUGGUAAUGUGUACUUAAGAUUUCAAAGGCUCUGGAAAAAUGAGUUUCUCAAGUGACGAAGUGAACUUUUUGGUUUAUCGCUACCUUCAAGAAUCGGGUUUCCAGCAUUCAGCAUAUACAUUUGGUAUUGAGUCACAUAUAUCACAGUCUAAUAUUAAUGGAGCGUUAGUACCCCCAGCCGCCUUGUUAAGCAUACUGCAGAAAGGUCUACAGUACACAGAAGCUGAAAUAAGCAUAGGAGAGGAUGGAACAGAACAACGCUUGGUGGAAAGUUUAUCCCUUAUUGAUGCUGUCAUGCCUGAUGUGGUGGCCAGUCGACAACAGCAGCAACAAAACCAACAAAAGCAACAAAUUGUUAAAACAGAGAUACAAGAUAUUAAUGGAGAUGAAGCUGCUGUGCAGUCAACGGUACCUGAAAAUAUGGAAGUAGAUGGCAGCAUUGAAAUUCCUCCUAGUAAGGCUACAGUACUGCGGGGACAUGAAUCAGAGGUAUUCAUUUGUGCGUGGAAUCCCACAACAGAUCUGCUAGCUUCAGGUUCCGGGGACAGUACCGCUCGUAUUUGGGAUAUGAGUGAUAAUUCUGCUUCUCCAAAUCAACUUGUACUUAGACAUUGCAUCCAGAAGGGAGGCACAGAGGUACCAAGCAACAAAGAUGUGACUUCUCUGGAUUGGAAUUGCGAUGGCACCCUUUUAGCUACUGGCUCUUAUGAUGGCUAUGCACGUAUUUGGACAACUGAUGGCCGACUUGCAAGUACUCUCGGUCAACACAAAGGACCCAUCUUCGCUCUUAAAUGGAACAAACGAGGCAAUUACAUUCUGAGUGCAGGUGUUGAUAAGACUACAAUAAUAUGGGAUGCUGCCUCUGGCCAGUGCACUCAACAGUUCUCGUUCCAUUCAGCACCUGCCCUGGAUGUGGAUUGGCAGACCAAUCAAAGUUUUGCCUCGUGUAGCACAGACCAGUGCAUUCACGUUUGCAAACUGAGUGUUGAUAAACCUAUUAAGUCAUUCCAGGGUCAUACUAAUGAAGUGAAUGCCAUCAAAUGGGAUCCUCAAGGUAACCUGCUAGCAUCGUGUUCUGAUGACAUGACUUUGAAAAUCUGGUCAAUGAAGCAGGAUACUUGUGUGCAUGACCUCCAAGCUCACAGUAAAGAAAUUUAUACUAUCAAAUGGAGUCCAACGGGACCUGGUACUCAUAAUCCAAAUAUGAAUCUUAUCUUGGCCAGUGCUUCAUUCGACUCCACUGUUAGAUUAUGGGAUGUCGAGCGUGGUGCGUGUAUCCAUACUCUGACUAAACAUACAGAACCUGUUUAUAGUGUUGCCUUUUCUCCUGAUGGAAAGUACCUUGCGUCUGGAAGUUUUGACAAAUGCGUGCAUAUCUGGUCCACUCAAAGUGGACAAUUGGUGCAUAGCUACAAGGGUACCGGGGGCAUUUUUGAAGUAUGUUGGAAUUCGAGAGGUGACAAAGUUGGUGCUAGUGCCUCUGAUGGCAGCGUGUUUGUUCUUGACUUACGUAAGCUGUAGCUCCUGUCUCCCAGCCAUGGUGAUCUCAAAAAGUGUUGUGCUGGGCCUUGAUUCCUUAAGUAUUGUACAAUUGUCUUCUGUACAUGGACUGACUUGUUUAGUUUGUAAGGUUAGAGAACUGAGAGUUUUAAUUUCUAUAACAAUAAUCAGAGCCUAUUAUUACUAAUACAAGUUGUUUUCUUAAAAUAUUUUGUUCUAUUCUUACUCCCUACAUCUCCUUUAUCAGAAUUCUUAAUUUUUUUAAUUAGUUAUUCAGUGGAGUAGAUUAGAAUAUUGUGGGACAGUGUAAGGUGUGGAAGUGGUGAGUGGUAUAUGAAUUCAAAAAAAAAAUGAAAAAUGGUGGUUUUGUUAAUGUCACUGUAUGAAUAUAGAAGUGUUGUCCCAGCCUCUUCUUCAGCUAUUAGGAUUGUGUUUCGUGUAGCAUUGAAGAAUUUGUAAGGGAGUUUAUUCAAACAAGUCAUUGCUGUAUAAAGUGAAUUGGUGGUGGUGGCAGAAGUGGUGGUGGAUAUCUGAUACAGAAAUUUACUCCAAGUUACCGUUUCUGAGUAAAAACAUGAGGGAAAAUAAUCAGUGCAGUGCAUUCAUCUGGGGAGUGAGCUGCACAUGGCGAGUAUCAACAUCUGUUUCUGUGCAUAUCACGUUGGAGCAUAAGUGUUUGCUUCUAUGUACGACAAGACCAACUUCAAUAGAUGGAGUGCUUGAGUGCAUGGGACACCAUAUGGAGAGAUAGUGACAGUAUCAGGCUUCUGUAAUCCACUGAGUGGAAAGUGAACUCAUAACAGGUAAGAAAUUAACGUCAAAUUUUUGCAGAGGUUCUCAAGGAAGAUUUUUUUUAUAUUUUAAAAAUUAGAGGGAAAUUUUGAUUUGUGUGAGAUGUGUUAAUUGAGUUUUUUGUUUAUUGUGAGUUAAUGAAUGUCCAAUGUAUAAAAGCAUAUUGUAAAUGAGAUAAGGAUGGGAAAUAUCCUAAAAUAUUAAAAAAAAAUAUCCCUUUAUCAUCAAAGACAUACUAAUUGCAGCUCUAAGCAUUGCAAAGCAAAACAUUUCUCACUUAUAAAUGUCUAUUUCAUAAGCUUAUGAUUGAGUGUGGGCAAGAUGGAUAUGUAUUUAACUUUUAUGCAGUUAAUUUGUUAUAGCCACGGCAUACAAUCAUUUUUGCUUAAAUUGACUACUUACAAACUGUGGUAUAUUCAGCAAAUUUAACAAUGGUUUUUUAUUAUGUUACACACUUCAAUUGUUCAAUCAUGUGAAAGAGAUAUUGUCAAUGGUUCUAAAGAAUAUGUGAUGAACUAGUCCAAACUUUUUUUUUUGUUUUGUUUUUUUGUUUUUCAAGCUAUUUUGAAAAUUGUUA